UGGAAUCAUUGACAGAUAUAUUGACUGGUUCGCUUGUACUCACAGCAUCAUUAUAAAACAUACCUGUGUGCUGUAAACAGAGAGAGCCCUGAGAGAAAGAAUGGGAUCACAAGAAGGAGAUCACACACUGCUGAGAGGACAAGCAGAGGUAUGGCAACUCAUGUUUGGUUUUGCAGAUUCAAUGGCACUCAAGUGUGCUAUAGAGCUUAAAGUACCUGACAUAAUCCACUCACAUGACGGUCCGAUCUCCUUGUCCGAAAUUGCUUCAGGUUUUGAUUCAUCUCAUCCGGAUCUUGCUUACCUUGAGCGUGUGAUGAGGUUCCUAGUUCGAAAACAAGUGUUUAGUGUGCAGAAGCAAGCAAAUGGUGGGGAGAAUCUGUAUGGUUUGACACAUAUAUCAAGAUGGUUGUUAAGUGAUUCUAAUCUAAGUCUAAAUCUAAGUCCAAUGGUGAUGAUGGAGAAUCAUCCAUGGCAACUAGCGCCGUGGCAUUGCUUUGCACGGUGUGUGAAAGAAGGUGGACUAGCUUUUGAGAAGGCUCAUGGUUGUGGAAUCUGGGACUUAGCUUCCCAAAACCCAGAAUUCAACAACUUGUUCAACGAUGGCUUAGCAAGUACGUCAAAGGUUGUGAUGAGUGCACUGACUUCACAAUACAAAGAUGGAUUUGAAGAUGUAAAGACUUUGGUGGAUGUUGGGGGUGGAACUGGGGUUGGCUUAGCUGAGAUUGUGAAAGCUUAUCCUCACAUCAAAGGAAUAAAUUUCGACCUGCCGCAUGUAGUUGCCACAGCACCUGAGUAUGCCGGGGUCUCUCACAUCGGCGGCAACAUGUUCGACAACAUACCUAAUGCAGAUGCAGUUUUCAUGAAGUGGAUAUUACAUGACUGGGGAGAUGAAGAUUGUGUGAAGAUUUUGAAAAGCUGUCGAAAAGCCAUACCGGAGAAAACUGGAAAGCUUGUUUUGGUGGAAAUUGUUGUGCAGCAAGAAGAGGACGCCAUGUUUGGGAAUAUGGAUUUGGUAUUUGAUUUGCUAAUGAUAGCACAUACCUCAGGCGGGGAGAGAACAGAGUCCCAAUGGAAGAAAUUAUUAGCCGAAGGAGGGUUCCCCCGCUACAAAAUCAUCAGAAUUCCGGCUUUGCCAUCCAUCAUUGAGGCCUAUCCAGAAUGAUAAAAAAGAAAUAUUGUUAAUGGUAUUGUUGCUUUUAGCAUAUGGUACUUUGUUCUGUAAUAAAACCAUAUCAUCAUUAUCUUAUCAACUGGAAGAAGAAUCUGAGACGAAGAACAGAUUUAUAUUGCA